UGUACCUCCACACUCUGCCGGUGAGAAUCCGCCUACAGUUUUAGAUGCGUGAAUGUUACCAUAAUCUUAUUCCUAUAAUAAAUACAACCCGAAUUUUUAUAAAUACCGAACUAGCGGGAUUAUUCUCUUACUUUCGCUAAUCUAAACGACGUCCUAUCAGUUCAGCUGCUAGAAAACGCCGUGGUCUUUCCAUCGAUGACCGAACAAGAUUAGAAGAGAUACAAGCGUUGCGCACCACUCCCGGGCUGGUAAAUCCCAGCAAAUUGUACACGAUAUGCCCCAAGCUUCGAGAGAGUCGGGCCGAUCGGCCAUUGUUGAUGACAUCGAUGCCAUCACACCAUGUCCCCUUACGCGUAGCGGUCCCAAAGCAAUUAAUGAAUCCGACAUCAUCAACUCGAUCAACAAGUUCCAAGAGUCAAGAUCCCCGUCGCCGUGUUCCGAGUGUUCGUCGGACAGUAUGCAUGCAUCUAGGAGUAGAAGACGAGAAUCCCUCAAGGCCUUAGAGGAGGGCACAGAAGGCGACCCUGAAAGACUAUGGGAACGGAUGCUUGCGCUUCAGCAAGUUUACGGCUGCUAUAAUUCGGCUAGGAUGAGCGCGGCGCUUAGCUCGGGGGACGUCAGCUUGCUAUUGCCUUCUAAGGCAUGCUUGAACCUUCUCAAUGAGAAUAUUUCUUUUCUACCCGACGAAACAGGGGGAGCAUUUAGAGGGUGGAAACCGAACGCCGGGAGCAGGCGUAGUCAUUAACUUGACACCUACCUACAAGGAAAGGAGCGCCAGAAGCGUAGGUUAUGACAGAACGAGUACGUCAUCUAGUUGCCAAGAACGGCUUGGGUCUGGAAAAUAAAGUAGUAAAGUAGUGUGCUCCGGUA